AUGAAGAUUGGGGAUUGGGGCCUAGAACAUAAUGGACUUAGAAGACGGAGAUACAGUUUAUCUGGUGACAUGGACACAUUAAACAGGGACAAUGUAUAUAAGUUGCAAAAUCUUGAAGUGGAAAAUACAAUGUUGAAAAAUGAGAUUAAUGUUAUGAACAAGGAAAUAUCAGACCUAUUAGACAGAUUAAGAAAAACUGAAGAUGAUUAUAGCCAAUUUAAAAGUGAACGUAAUAAUACAGAUCUUCAAUCCCAUAAGUUAAAAUUGGACAAUGAGUCAUUGACGUUGCAGCUUGAUCAUCUGCGGCGUAAGCUAGUUGAUCUAAAUUCAAUGGAUGUUAAGAAUAGAGAACAAAGUCAAGAAUUGGAGGCGGAAACAUCAUUACUCAGGAAUAAUGUAAGGAAGCUUGAGGAUAGACUGAAUGAAGUAAAUGAAGACAUUAAGAAUAAAGAUAUAUUGAUAUCUAAAUUGGAAAACGAAUUACGUCACACGCAAGCGGUGAUAUGCGAACAGCAGAGCAGCAUAGAGAAAUCCACAUCGGAGUGUUUACGCCUAGAAAAGGACUGGGAAAGCUAUAAAAUGAGGGUAAAAGGGAUGCUCUAUGCCAAGGACGAGGAACUAAAGAAAAUUAGAGAAGGCGCCAAUUUAACCGAGGACGCGAAGGAGUUGAUGGAAGAAAUCGAAUCAUUGAAGCAGGAGCGCGCCGAACUAGCGGAGGAGAUGGCUGAGGUUAGGCAGGAGAGUGAGAAUACGAAAGAGAAGCUGCAGGAGAUUAAGACGCGGCACUCGGCGGUGGAGAAGAUAGUUCUCGCCCUGAGGGAUGCUUUGAAGGAAGAGCGCUCUGCCAGGACCAAGGCCGAAGUGGAAUGCGCUGCCCUCGGGAAGGAAUUGAAGGCGUUGCAGCUGGAGAGCGGGCAGACGAUAGCGAAGCUCCGCUCCAGCCUGCAGUCCAGGGAGGAGGAGUUGGCCAUCGUCAGGGAGGCCAGCCGAGGGUCCACCACAGACACCAGCGCCCUCAACGUGGCUGACUACGAAGUAGCCCAGCAGGUGGCAAUGGACAAAGAGAGGAUGGAGCAUCUGACGCAGAUGCUAGUGCAGAAACAGGGCAGGAUCGAGGCGUUACUAGCAGACAACAACACCCUUAGGAUACAGUUGGAUAAGUUGCAGUCCAAAUAUAAGGCGGAGGUGGCGGCCCAUAAGGCGGGCAACGCGCACAGCAUAGUUCAGUUGCAAGAUGGCGACGUCCGCCCGCGCACUCGCGCCAACAACUACUCGCCGGCGAACACGCUCACCAGGAUGUCGCUGCGGAUGGGCCUCCUCGGCAAACGCUACCCCGUGUUCAGGCUUUUCGUCGUACUCUACAUGAUCGGUUUACAUUUGUGGGUGUUCACCGUCUUACUCUCAAGCACUCCUGAAGACUAUGUCAGGCCUAGCAAAACU